AUGGGACGAUGGGAUACAUCAAGGACUCAAGAUCUAUCAGCAUCAGCUUCAGCAAGACGACGAACAGGCAGAACGAACCAAUCCACAUUCAAGCGAUUCGUCGAGGUAGGCCGAGUUGUUCUCGUCAACGAUGGUCCCUCAGCUGGUAACCUCGCCGUUAUCGUUGAGAUCAUCGACCACAACCGAGCCCUCAUUGACGGACCUACCACCUCCGUACCCCGACAAGCCUUCCCAUACCGAAACCUCAUCCUCACCCCUUACACUCUUGCUUCCCUCCCCCGAGGUGCCGGUAACGGUGCCGUCAAGAAGGCUUUCGAGAAAUCAGGUGUACUUGAGAAAUGGCAAGCUAGCGGAUGGGCCAAAAAGUUGGCUGCUAGACAACAACGAAAGAACGCCUCUGACUUUGACCGAUUCCAAAUCCACCUCGCCAAGAAGUCAAGACGAGAAGACGUAAGAAAGGCUUACAUCAAGGAGAAGAAGGCUUCCGCUUAA